AUGAAAUCCUCCUUCAUACUCGCAGCUAUGGCUACUUUCAUCACGCUCGUCAUCACCGCCAGUGCCACGUGUGACCCCACAGCCCUCAACACUACAACCUACUACUACCCUAUCACCGAAGCCAACACGACCGUCUUUGACAUCGCCCGCAUCACAAGGCGCGGUGUGUGCGACAUCGGCCGUCAGAGCCUCAUGGCCGAUGUCACCAUCCGCCCCAACGUCGGCGAGACCUUCAUCAUACCCGGGGAGGUAUGUUACCCCGACAACACCUCCUGCCUGUUAUCCCGGAACGCAACGAAUACCUGCAUCGUCGGCGGGCCUCGCCUAUACUAUACCGUCAACGGGGAUACGUACGAGAAAAUCGCGCUGCGGCUCAAUAUCACCGUCGACGCGCUGAUGGGCGAUAUGGGAAUGGUUGGUGGGACGAAGGCGACGGAUGAGUUGCCUGUUGGGCGGUUCAUCAAAGUGCCGCUUUGUGAAAAUACCACAUGUGUGAUCAAGCCGUAUAGCUUUAGCUGGGGCGUGUAUAAGGACUUGGCGGAGGAGUUUGGCACUACAGUCGGUCAGAUUAUGAUGUUGAGCCCAACUUACAACUAUAGCAGUUUGGCCUUUACUUCUGGGGGGACGUUUCCGCCGAUUAACAUUUUGAUGAACUGUACGCAGCCGGGGAAGAAUGUUACUGUGUUGGACUAA